CAUAAAGGAACCUUUCCCUCGGUUGUUGCGCAAGCAACCUUCACCGACAUUUUCAAAAUCCGGUCAUCGACUAUCAACACACUUCUUUCCGCAUCCAAAUCACUUCCAACCUCUACUCUAUUUGACUCGCAACACCCAUGAUCUCCCUCGCCUCGGAGUGUGUUCUUGAUUCUUGGCCUCAUCAUGAGUGGAAACAAGAUAAAAGCCUUCCUCAACAACGCGGCGACGAAGGCAUUGCCCACCUCCUCGCAUCAACACAGCAAACAGAAGCAGACAGCAUCGUUAGAGAAGAUUGCCAGAGAAACGAUCGGGACCGCGUAUCUCGAAGAGGAUCCGUCGGUAGCAGAGUGGUUUCGCGGCUUAGUGCCGUCUUCAAGCGGCGUCGCUGAGUAUGUACAAGAGCUCUUUCCAAGUGCACGGUGGGUACGGAGAUAUAAUAUCCACUGGCUGGUGGGAGACGCUAUCGCGGGUAUAACCGUUGGACUUGUGGUUGUGCCGCAGGCUAUGGCUUACGCGCUGCUUGCUCGACUGACGCCUGCGUUUGGGCUGUACACGACCUUCACAGGAGCUUGCCUGUACUGGGUGUUUGGAACAUCAAAGGACAUUGUUAUCGGUACCACCGCUGUUGGAUCCCUCCUCGUCGGCAGCGUCAUCAGCAAAAUCGAAGCUGACCAUCCCGGAGUCUAUAAGCCUGAAGACAUUGCUCAUGUGCUAUCCUUUCUUGCCGGAGCCGUUCUCUUCGUCCUAGGAAUCCUGCGUCUUGGUUGGCUGAUAGAGUUCAUUCCUUACGUUCCUAUCUCCGCAUUUGUCACUUCGGCCAGUAUUACCAUCAUCUCCACACAGCUACCGACGGUCUUGGGCAUUCCUGGUAUCAAUACGCGUGAGUCCCCGUACAUGGUCUACGUAAAUACCCUGAAAGAAUUACCCAACGCGAGGCUCGAUGCAGCCAUUGGUAUCACCUCCAUUAUGCUGCUAUGGCUCAUUCGGGAUGUGUGCGCGAAGAUGGAGUUUCGUCAACCAAAUAGGAAGCGAAUGUGGUCACUCGUUUCCUCGCUUCGGCUGACAUUCACGAUUCUGCUGUACACCUUCAUUAGCUGGCUUGUACAUCGCAAGGCUCCUGUAGGACAAGAGAGGUUCCGAAUUGUUGGGCAUAUCGAAAAGGGGUUCUCCCAUGCAGGCAUACCGCCUAUGGACGGCGAACUUUUCGGUCUAGUAGCUUCUGAGCUACCUGCGAUUAUCAUCAUUCUCAUCGUAGAGCAUAUAGCCAUUGCUAAGUCAUUUGGUCGCAUAUUCAAUUACACCAUCAUCCCAUCGCAAGAGAUGAUUGCACAAGGUGCUGCCAAUAUACUCAGCCCCUUCGUUGGCGGUUACGUAUGUACAGGCUCAUUUGGCGCAUCGGCCGUCUUGUCCAAGGCAGCUGUUCGCACUCCACUAGCAGGCUUAUUCAGUGCCUUGGUUCUCAUACUGGCUCUGUACGCACUCACGGCAGUCUUCUACUACAUUCCGAAUGCGGCUCUCGCUGGUUUGAUCAUCCACUGCACUGUCAAUUUGAUCACACCGCCCAGGUCACUCUACAAGUACUGGCAACUGUCGCCCUUCGAGCUUUUCAUCUGGGUCUGCGGCGUCGUCAUCGCUUUCUUUACCAACCUCGAGACGGCGAUCUACGUCACCAUCGGUUUGUCGUUCGCGAUACUUCUCAUACGCAUGGCUAAAAGUCCGGGCAAAUUCACGGGCUCGGUCGGUGUCACACGCAUAGUUCGCAACAGUCGCGUGCAAGAAGUUGUAACGUCAUGCUCAAGUUCAGACAAGACUGUAGCUACCCAACGGGAAGGAACUACGGCUGCUCACGCAUCGGAGAGUAGACAGGUCUACCUCCCCUACGACACCUCAGACGCUCACAACCCUGACAUCAAGGUCGAGCCCGCCUAUCCAGGUGUAUUUAUCUACCGCUUCAGUGAGAACUUCAACUAUAUCAAUCAGGCUUCCCACAUCGACUACCUCAGUUCCUACAUCAUGAAGAACACUCGUCGCACACUAGUAGAUGAUGGGAUUCGUGCUAGUGACCGACUAUGGUGCGACGCUCCGCCUCCAGCCAAACUUGGGGAUGAAAAGUCUGCUUUGCCCGUCCUCCGAGCUGUUGUCCUUGACUUCUCAACAAUCAACAACAUCGACAUAACAAGCGUCCAAGGCCUCCUCGACCUCCGCAACACACUAGAUCGGUUCGCCGCCCCUGCCGUGGUGGAGUGGCAUUUCGCCGGCGUGCAAAAUAGAUGGACACGUCGAGCGCUUGCCUUUGCGGGCUUCGGGUUUCCCGCUAUCAGCUCUGUUGAUGAACUAGCGGACUGGUGUCCUGCGUAUACUGUUGCUACGGGCUUAGUGGGCGCGACGGAAGAAGAAUUGCGAGAUGUAGAGACUCUGCAGCUGCAAAUGCGCGGCAAAAAUGCAAUUAACCGGGGCACGGAACCCAAACAUAACAUCCAGCUUCAUACAGCAACGGAGAAAGUUGAUGUGUUGCAACCAAUUUAUGGUAUCGAUAGGCCGCUCUUUCACAUCGACUUACACGAUGCUGUCGAUGCAGCAGUUCGAGACGCGAAGAAGCAAGCUGAGCGAGAUACUGCGGCUAGUCAUAGCUCGAAUGGAUGGUCUGGCUCACGGGGUGAACCAUAGUGUCUGUUUUGACUCGUCUCAGAUUAAUUUUGCAUUGUUACAUGAAUGGCGUUUGGGAAUCAUUGGCAUAUAGAAUAUCCCACUCGAUAUUUUGCAUUGAGAAAAGUGUAAUGACAGUGAUCAUAAUGCAAUCGGUACUAUAGGAUUACUGUGAUUCAGUGGCUGUUACUUAAAUAGUUCGGAUUAAAAGUGCCUGGGUGGUCUUGUAUGGAGGCCACUAUUCGGC